AUGGAAGUAUUUGAGUUGUGGGACGUUCCUAUGAAAUCGGUUUGCAGUAAGGUGAAUUUGGCGGAAAUAUCCAGCGGCAGUCUGAGGGAGAAAUUUCCAAGGCUGUUUUCGGACGAGCUUGGAUGCUGUGCAAAGGCGAAAGUUCAGCUCAAGCUGAAGAAAGGAGCGACUCCUGUGUUUCAGCCGAAGCGCCCAGUGGCGUAUGCUAUGUUGCAGCAAGUCGAAAGUGAGCUGGAGAGCCUGAAGAAUGAAGGCAUCAUCACAAGGGUGGAUUUUUCGGAGUGGUCAGCGCGAAUCGUAGUGGUACGGGAAGCAAAUGGUACCAUAAGGAUCUGUGGCGAUUAUUCGACGGGCUUGAAUAAUAUGCUGAUGCCGCAUCAGUAUCCGCUGCCACUGCCAGAGGAGAUAUUCGCCAGCCUAAGUAAGUGCUCCUUGUUUAGUCAGAUUGACCUAUCCGACGCCUUUUUGCAGGUCGAGGUAGACGAAGAAUACCGCGAGCUGCUAACCGUUAACACGUACCGAGGUUUACACCGAUACAACAGACUUCCACCAGGAGUAAAGGCAGCGCCAGGUGCCUUCCAACAGAUUAUGGACACGAUGUUGGCUGGACUGGUGGGAGGAGCAGCAUAUAUGGAUGACAUCGUGGUAGGCGGGGAAGAUGAGGCAACUCAUGAGCAAAACCUAACUGCGGUUUUAGGAAGGCUUGAAGAAUAUGGCUUUACUAUACGAGAGAGCAAGUGUAGUUUCAACAAGAAACAGAUCAAGUAUCUGGGUCAUCUGAUUGAUGAGAAAGGACUGCGGCCAGAUGCUGAAAAAAUUACAGCCAUAACGAAAUUGCCACCCCCUACAGAUGUUACAGGAGUGCGGUCAUUCUUAGGUGUCAUCAACUUCUAUGCAGUGGCGUAUUUAGGAGUGCGGAGGCCCUGA